AUGAAUCGAUCUCAACAAAUCGAAGACAAUUCAAUGCAUAGACGACAAUCUAGAGAAGAUAUUGUAACAUCAGUAUGGGUUCCAUCUCCUUCUUCAUUAACACAAAAUCAAUCAACAUAUUCAAAUGAUAAUCCAACAAAUAAAAUUUAUAAAACCGAACUUCUUAUUAAUCGAAUACCAAUAACACCAGUAAAUUCAUUGAAUAAUUGUUCAAAAUGUCAACGUUUAAUUGAUUGUGGAAAUGAUAAAGAAAUUCAAUUUAAUAAUCGAUAUUAUCAUUCAAAUUGUUUCAAAUGUUCAACAUGUCAUGAAUUGAUAAACUCUUCGGAAGAUAAAAAAUAUUUAAUUGAUGAUAAUGGUGAAAUUAUUUGUAAAAAAUGUGAAUUAUCAAACUCCAAAAGAUGUUUCAAUUGUCAUCAAUCAAUUUUAGAUGAAAAAUUUAUUUGUUUUAAUGAAAAUAAUUAUCAUCGACCAUGUUUCUCUUGUUAUGCAUGUCGGAAAUCUUUAAUUAAUCAAGUUAAUAUACGUAUUAAAGAUAAUCAAGCUUGUUGUGAUGAAUGUUAUGGAGAAAAAUUUUCAAGAAAAUGUGAAAAAUGUUCUCAAAUCAUAUCUUCAGGUGGAUCGAUCGUAUAUAAAGGAAAAAAUUAUCAUGAACAAUGUUUUCGUUGUGGUCAAUGUUCUCGAAUAAUGAAUGAAAAAGAAUUUUAUACAGAAAAUGAUAAACCAUGUUGUUCACAAUGUUAUGAUAAAUAUUUUGCUUUACAAUGUCAACAAUGUUCACAAAUAAUUAAGGAAAAAGAAUAUUAUACACACAAUUCUAAACCUUGUUGUAUUCGAUGUUAUGAACAAAGUUUUGCUCCACAAUGUCAACAAUGUUCUCGAGCUAUAUCUUCGGGCAAAUCUAUUCUAUACAAUGGAAACAAAUAUCAUGAACAAUGUUUUCGUUGUGGACAAUGUAACAAUAUUAUGAAUGAAAAAGAAUUUUAUACACAAAAUAAUAAACCAUGUUGUUCAUUAUGUCAUGAAAAAUAUUUUCAAAAAAAAUGUUCAAAAUGUUUUCAAUCGAUUAAUGACAAAUAUACUGCUUAUAAAGAUAAAUUUUAUCAUAUUAAUUGUUUUAAAUGUGACAAAUGUUAUCGAAUUAUUGAUGAGAAUGAAAAAUUUGUAGAUAAUCAAUUUGGUAUUAUUUGUUCAAGAUGUCGAAUUUAA